AUGGAGAAAGUCACACUUUCCCAGGAAAUUCUGACAUCUAUGGGGCCAGGAAAUACUACUGUUAUGGUGACUGAGUUUAUUAUACUGGGAUUUGGAGACCUCAAGGAAUUGGGUCCCUUACUCUUUCUGGUGUUUGGCAUAGUAUACCUAGCCACCAUUUCUGGUAAUCUUCUCCUUAUAGUCCUGGUGGUUACUCAGAGGGGACUCCAGACACCAAUGUAUUUCUUUCUGGCAAACCUCUCUUGCUUGGAGAUCUGUUACACCUCCAACAUUAUGCCUAGAAUGCUUGUGGAUUUAUUGAGAGAGAACAAAGUGAUUUCCAUGGUUGGUUGUAUUAUUCAGCUCUACUUUUUUGGGGCACUGGGCAGCACUGAAUGUUACCUUCUGGCAGUUAUGUCAUAUGACCGGUAUCUGGCUGUCUGCCGGCCCUUGCACUAUCCAACACUAAUGCAUGGGACUGUAUGUGUGCGUCUAGUAAUUGGCUCUUGGGUUAGUGGUUUUACAGUGGCAGCUGCUUUCCAAGCUGCUAUGAUAUCCAGUUUGACCUUCUGUGGUGGCAAUGAGAUUGAUCACUUCUUUUGUGACUUGAAACCUCUGCAGAAGCUCUCCUGCUCAGAUCCCUACCUGGUUAACCUUGUCUGCAUGAAUCUAACAGCUUUGGUGACUCUGGCCCCUUUUGGGUUAACCCUAGUUUCCUACUGGAAGAUUAUUUCCACAGUCUUGCAUAUACCUUCCAUGACUGGUAGACAGAAGGCAUUCUCCACUUGUUCUUCUCAUCUAGUGGUCGUGACAUUGUUUUACGGGACCUUGAUUCUGGUCUAUGCUGUGCCUUUGGCCAAUCGGGUGCCAGUUGUCAACAAAAUUUUCUCUGUACUCUACACUGUUGUCACUCCCAUGUGCAACCCCCUCAUCUAUAGCCUGAAAAACAAAGAUGUCAAGGAAGCCUUGAAGAAGCUAAAGAUUUGA